AUGGCAGCCCAUAGCUCGAAACUCACAGUCGAACACGUUGACCAGUACUUCGCUCACAUUCAACUUCCAACGCAAUUCCAGCGCAUUCAAAAUCCUAGCUUGGAUGCGACUCUUCUUUCCGCCAUCCAAGCGAGUCAUCUCUGCCGCAUACCGUACGAAAAUGUGGCACUGCACUACAACCAAACCCCGUCGAUCUCACUAGACGUGCUCGAUAUCUACCAGAAAUUUGUCGAGAGGGGUCGAGGGGGGUAUUGCAUGGAAAAUAACAUCUUCCUUCACCAUGUUCUGCGUGUUUUGGGAUUCCAGGUCUUCCUCACUGGAGCCCGCUUAUACCGAGAUGCCAGUAGUGCCACCCCCGGGUGGUCAGGUUGGGAGCAUGCAGUAAAUAUUGUCACACUUGAAGACGGCGCCAAGUAUCUGGUGGAUGUCGGAUACGGUGGAGAUGGGCCGACAGUUCCUUUACCUCUGACUGCGGACGUCGUGACACCCAACAUUGGCACACAGGAAUUACGACUACUGUAUGGUAGCAUGCCUGGAAUUGCUGAUAACCAGAGAGAUAUUUGGACUUAUCAGUUCCGGAAUGGGCCUGAUCAGCCAUGGAAGUCGGGGUACGCCUUCCACGAGCUCGAAUUCUUCCAGCAAGAUUUCGAAGUGAUGAAUUUCUUCACCAGCCAGAGCCCAUCGUGUUUCCUCACGGCACGUUUGCUUGUCAUUCGAUUUUUGUCAAACGAAAAAGGCGUGUAUGGUAAGAUGAUACUGGAUCAAGAGAAGUUGAAAGAGAAUCUGGGUGGAAAGUCGGUAUUGAUCUCAACCUUCCAGAAUGAAGAGGAGAGAGUUGGGGCUUUGCGCGACCGUUUCGACAUACACCUGACCGAUGUUGAGGCCAAGGCCAUCUUUGGAAAAACUUCAGCGCUCGUUAUUUAG